AUGCAUACCGCCUGCAACCACCACCUCCUCUCUUCUACUUUCAUUCUUCAAAUACCUAAUAAGUUCACAAAACAUCACUCCGUUACUGUUUUCACAUCACCCACCACCAACGGCAAUAUUCUCAACCCAAUCCUCGGCUGCUCAAAGAAGUCGUCCAUAGAUGGACCCAAGAAAACCACUCGCAAAACUCCCAGGAGGUCAUCUUAUGGAAGCUCCAGGAAGUCAGUUUUGAGAAAAACUUUCAAACAAGAACAAGUGACGUUCACUGCACCGAUAUCUGAGGACCCGGUUGUUGCCAUAAUCGGCGGUGGCAUGUCUGGUCUUCUUUGUGCUCUCCAGUUGGAGAAGAGAGGAGUCCGGUCCACUGUUUUCGAUACGGGAAUCCAUGGACUUGGGGGAAGAAUGGGCACUAGAACAGUUGACCCUUCAAUGAUAUUUGAUCAUGCAGCUCAAUUUUUUACUGUAAGUAAUCCUCUGUUUUCUGAGCUGGUUGAUGAUUGGUCCCACAAAGGGUAUGUUCGGGAGUCAGUAGGUGUAAUUGGAGAGCUUGAAGCUGGUGGUGAUUUCUUUCCAUUUCCUUCUUCCCCUCCCAGAUAUAUAGCCAUCAAUGGAAUGCGUACCCUUGCAGAUUCACUACUUUCACAGAGUUCCAUGGUAAAUGUGGUGAGGCCUUGCUGGAUAAGCUCUAUUGAACCUUUCAAUGGAAUGUGGCACUUGAGUGAGAAUGGAAAACAUCGUGGAGAAUUUGAUGCCAUUGUUAUUGCACAUAAUGGUAAAUGUGCAAACAGAUUGCUUUCCACAUCAGGAUUACCACUUAUUGCAAGACAAAUGAAGAGACUUGAUCUUAGUUCUAUAUGGGCUCUUCUAGCUGCAUUUGAAGAGCCUCUUCCUUUACCCCCCAAAGCAGCUGGAAUUCCAUUUGAAGGAGCUUUUGUAAAAGGAAUCGACUCCAUAUCAUGGAUAGGAAACAACACACAAAAACUAUUCAAUUCUCAGAAUGAAGGACCUCAUUGUUGGACCAUUUUCAGCACAUCAUCCUUCGGAAAGCGCCAUAAAGUUCCACAGGAGAAUAUUCCUAAUGCCACAGCAGAGAAGGUGAAAGGAUUGAUGCUUGCAGGUGUUGAGAAUGCCCUAGGGGUACCAAUUGGAUCACUUAAGAAACCAAUAUAUACACGUGUACAAUUGUGGGGUGCAGCUCUUCCUACAAAUAGCCCUGGUAUUCCUUGCAUUUUUGAUCCUCUUGGAAGAGCUGGCAUUUGUGGUGAUUGGUUGCUCGGAUCAAGUUUAGAGGCUGCAGCCCUAAGUGGAAUUUCCCUAGCAAAUCAUACUGCAGAUUAUCUGAAAAGCGGAGGAUCACGACCAGAUGAGUUUGCUAAUCCAAUAAUAAGGAUAUACAUGAGGCUCAAGUUCAACUUGGAGUUUAACUAUUCACAUGGACAAUAUAUAAUCUUUCCUUGCACUAUUUGGAGUUAUUGCCCAGGGAAUUUGAAGAGAGACUCUAGUUAAGCAUUUUUGGAGUAGCGUAUUAAGAUUAGUAGAGUUGUAGGAAGAUAGCAUGUGGAUGGGUGAUAAAUAUGUUGUACUCAUGGGAGAGAGUUAGAUAGAUAUACCAACAUAAGCUCCUUAUUAUGAGGAUUGUAGUGUAACACUAUUGCUACUAGAUUUAUUAAAUCAUGAUUUCCACAUUACUCUUGUAAUUAUUGUAACACCUAUCAUUUUGUGGAUUUGAUGUUUGAACAUUAUAGUAAUUGUUGG